AUGCCGUUCGCCAAGGUCAAUCACAAGACCCUGUACUAUAAAGACUGGUCACCCAAAGAUGACUCUUCCCCCCGAGGAACACUUGUCAUGAGCCAUGGCUUGGGCUCCAGUAACAACUACUACACUGCAGUGGUACCAUUCUUGACAGAGCAGGGUUACCGCUGCAUCACUUUCGACAUGACCGGAUCAGGUCUCUCGUCUUACACCUAUGUUGAACAGAGUAUCCACAGCCUAGCCGAGGACGUGAUUGCUCUGAUGGAUGUUCUAUCAAUUGACAAAGCAGUCUUUGUUGGCCACAGCAUGUCUGGCAUAGUUGGUCCUGAAGUGGCAGCCGAGUGGCCAGAUCGCAUCCAAGGACUCAUUCUAGUAGGACCUGUCUGGCCCACCUCAGAUGUCACACCCGUCUUCGAGGACCGCAUCAACAAGGUCGCAGACAAAGGCAUGGAAGCUAUGGCAGAUACCGUGCCCUAUGCUGCAGUAGGCUCCAAAGCAAACUCCUUGCACCACGCCUUUAUCCGAGAACUGCUGCUUGGAAUGGAGCCUGCUGGAUACAUCAGUUUGUGCAGGGUGAUUGCCAAUGCGCACAAAUCACCACCAAAGUAUGGAAAGGUUUCGUGUCCGACUCUGAUUAUUGCUGGAGAGGAGGAUAAGAGUGCACCUGUGGCUGGAUGCGAGAAGAUCAUUGGAGCGCUUGGCUCUGGCCAGAAAGACAUGGUUGUCAUGAGCAAGUGCGGUCACUGGCACUGCAUUGAAGACCCGACAGAGGUUGGAAAACUGUCUGUCGAAUUCCUCAAGCAGACCUUAUAG